UUAAAAUCUCUGAUCGAAACACGCGGAUGUAAUGACGUCAUUGACGGUUCCGAAAUUUAGCGUAAAUUUUUAACUUUAUAUUCCGGAUAUUUUUUCUGUGCGAGAUCGCUCCCAUUCGUCAUUCGCGGAGGCGUAAAAUCUUUGGGAGAAGGUCCUUCUUUCGUCAUUUCCGCCAUUCGAGUGCGGGACAGGUGCGGUUCCGGUUUCUUCGGAGAAAAGUUCGUGUUGACUGACCAGAGUCCGCGAAUUUUUCUUCUAGAAAAGUAAUAGAAAUUCCAGUUGCAUAAAGAUAUUUUUGGCUAUAAAAUAAAAAUGGAGAUACAUAGUUUUGGUGUAGAUCCGAUAACGUGUCAUGCUUGGAAUCAGAAUAGAACUCAACUUGCUCUGUCUCCAAAUAGCAAUGAAGUUCAUAUCUAUCAACAGGAGAGUGAUAAAUGGUCAUGUAUUGAUGUCCUAACACAACAUGAUUUACGGGUAACAAGUAUUGAUUGGGCACCAAACACUAAUAGAAUUGUCACUUGUUCUGCAGAUCGAAAUGCUUAUGUUUGGACUCAGGUGAGUGGCAAAUGGAAGCCAAUGUUAGUACUUCUACGCAUUAAUCGUGCUGCCACAUGUGUUAGAUGGUCUCCAAAAGAAAACAAAUUUGCAGUUGGUAGUGGUGCUCGUCUUAUUUCUAUAUGUUAUUUUGAAGAAGAAAAUGAUUGGUGGCUCAGCAAGCAUAUUAAAAAGCCAAUUCGAUCAACAGUAACCAGUAUUGACUGGCAUCCAAAUAAUGUUCUUCUUGCUAGUGGAUCAACAGAUUUCAAAACAAGGAUAUUUUCUGCCUAUAUUAAAGAAGUAGAUAGCAAGCCAGAGGCAACACCAUGGGGAACCAAGAUGCCACUAGGAAACUUAAUGGCAGAAUUCUCCAAUGGUGGGGCUGGAUGGGUACAUAGUGUCAGUUUUUCCUCUGAUGGUAAUAAACUUGCAUGGGUUGGUCAUGAUAGCAGUAUUUCCGUUGUUGAUGCUAAUAAAGGAAUGGCAUUGACAACUGUUAAAACACAGUUCCUGCCAUAUCUGACAUGUGCCUGGGCUUCUCUAAAUAGCAUAAUUGUAGCUGGUCAUGAUUGUUGUCCCAUGGUCUUUCACUAUGAUGAUCGUGGUCAGCUGACGUUUGUAGAUAAAUUGGAUAAAUCUCAAAAAAGAGAAGUGGAUGGUUUUAGUGCCAUGCGGAAAUUUCGUGAUAUGGAUAAGCGUGCCAUUGUGGAAAACAGUACAGAUACUUUACUAGAUACUAUCCAUCAAAAUGCUAUCUCACAUAUGACCAUCCAUACAGGGACCAAAUCUGCUGUUAGUAAAUUUUGUACUUCAGGAAUGGAUGGUAAAAUGGUAAUCUGGGAUAUAAAGUCAUUAGAAAACUCUAUGUUGGGUUUAAGAAUUGUUUGAAGUCUUAAUGAAUUGCAGCAUCAUAACAAACUUUAUGGUCUACCUUCCCUUGGUGCUGUCACUGGAGAUUAGUGGAAGAUGCCAAAAAAAACUACUGGACAUCAUGUACAUUUGACUCAAAAUACAGACUUUUAUAUAUUAAAGAGGCGUAUAGAGUCUAUCUGCUUGAGACAGACAAUAUAAAAAUUAUGAACAUUCCUCUGUUGGAAAAAUCAAAGACAGAAAACAGCAAAAUGGCCAGGUUUGUACAUCACAGACAAGUGUAAUUGAUCUUUCAAAGGCAUGUUAUAUUCUGUUUUGCUAAAAAUCUAAUGGAGUUUCUUUACCGGCUCGUGCCUUUGCUGUGAUCUUAAACAUAGCGGAUUCAUGCACAACUAAGUUGUUCGUUUAUGUACUUUACGAUUUAAAUUUUGUUUUUGGAAAUUUUCAGUAUUUAAUUGGCUAGAUUGUUUCUGUUUAGUUUAUAAUCUAUAGGGAAUGUUCAAAUGAAUGAAAAUGUUGGUAUUUAUGUAAAAUUUAGGUUGCUUUUAUAAUUUAAAAAAAUAUCUAAUUUCUCGUUGUUAAAUGAAUCUACUAAUUGAACUUUAUCUGAUGCUUAUUGAUCAUGUUUAAUGGAUAUGUAAAGUAAGGAUGACAAUUGAUUUUUCAGGAUUUGAUAUAUAAGUAACUAUACUGUGUUCAGAUGACAGCAUAAAUUUUCAAGCCAUUGCCAAAUAUAUUCAAAACUCAAUUUUCAAGUGCUGUAUUAAAAAAAUUGAGAGUAAUUGUUUUCAUAUACAAAAUGACAAUUUGAAAACAAUUCUCGUAAAUUAAAAAUUCAUCUUUAAAACAGUUAAUUUAUCACGUAACUUUAAUUGCCUGAAAUUGAUUUACAUUUGUUUUGACAAUCGACCAAUGGCCAAAUGGGCAAAAGUUACUGGUAUGAUAUAUUUGCUUCCAUUUAUAUUAUAUUGUUCAGAUGAAAGAAUUGUUGAUGUGUUGAAUUACAAAUGAUAGUUUUCAUCAACUUGUAAGAUAUGAUGAAAAAUAAAGGGUUAACAGUU